AUGACUUUACCAGAAUCCAAAGAUUUGACGCACUUCUUCUCUGAGGAGGCAAAGGCGCGUAAGCCCUCUCCCUUGAAAACCUGCAUUCACUUGUUCCAAGAUCCUAACAUCAUCUUCUUGGGUGGUGGGUUGCCCCUCUCAGAUUACUUCCCCUGGGACAACAUGGUGGUCAACACCCCAAAACCCCCAUUCGCGAAAGGUAUUGGAGCGCCAAUCAACCCAAAGACCAACGAGCUCAUUACUGCUCAAUUGAAGAAGAAUGAGAAAGUUCACGGUGGUGAUGUUCCAUUUGCAAGAGCUUUACAGUACGGGUUUUCCCAAGGUCAACCAGAGUUGAUGGAUUACUUGAGAGACCAUACCAACAUCAUUCACAAGAUGCAGUACUCAGACUGGGACGUUGUCGCUACCACAGGUAACACCAACGCCUGGGAAUCCACACUGAGGGUCUUCUGCGAUAAGGGUGACGUCAUCCUUGCUGAGGCGCACUCUUUCUCGUCUUGUCUCGCUGCAGCGCAAGCUCAAGGUAUCAUUACCUUCCCAAUCCCAAUUGACGAGCACGGUAUCAUUCCUGAAAAGUUGGAACAGAUUUUGGAUAACUGGACGGAAGGUGCACCAAAGCCAAAACUGCUGUACACCAUUCCAACGGGUCAAAACCCAACUGGUAGCUCGCUCAGCGAUGAUAGAAAGGAGAAAAUCUACAAAGUUGCGCAAAAGCACGACUUCAUUAUUAUUGAAGACGAGCCAUACUACUUCUUGCAGAUUGACGAGUACGUCAAGGACAAAGACGAGAGAAACAAGUUGUACUCUAGACCCACUCCAACUCAUGACGAAUUUGUAAAAUCUUUGGCCAAGACUUUCUUAUCUGUGGACACCGAUGGGCGUGUCGUCAGAAUGGACUCCUUCUCGAAGGUGCUGGCACCAGGUACCAGAUUGGGUUGGAUUACUGGUUCGAAGAAAUUGCUGUCGGCAUACGUUGCUCUGCAUGAAAUGACGAUUCAGGCACCAGCAGGAUUCACACAAUCCAUUGUGUCCACUACUCUCCACAACUGGGGUCAGUCAGGUUACCUAGACUGGUUGAUUAAGCUACGUCACGAGUACAAUUUGAAACGUGAUUGUGCCAUCGAUGCCUUGAACAAGUACUUGCCUGAGAGUCCAAUCUUCACUGUGAACCCACCAAUCGCAGGUAUGUUCUUUACUGUUAAUAUCGAUGCGUCUGCCCACCCAGAUUUUGCCACUAAGUUCGAUUCCGAUCCCGCUAAAGUUGAACAACAUAUCUAUGAAACUGUUGUAAAACACGGUGUUUUGGUUGUCCCAGGUGUUUGGUUCGUCACGGAAGGUGAUACCACUCCAGCACAACCAGCGUCGUCUAAGCAAAACCCUAAUCCAAACAUUAUUUUUUUCAGAGGCACAUACGCAGCUGUGAGCCCUGAAAAAUUGGAGGAAGGUUUGAAGAGAUUAAGUGAGACUUUGGCAAGUGAAUUCGGUCUCUGA